AUGGCGGCGAGUGCAGAACGGGGCGGUGGCGGCCGAGUGCGGGGCGGGGCUGAGUGCGGGGCGGCGAGUGCGGGGCGGGGCGGCGAGUGCGGGGCGGGGCGACUGGGGCGAGUGCGGAGCGGGGCAACGGGGGCGAGUGCAGGGCGGGGCGGCGGCGAGUGCAGGGCGGGGCGGCGGCGAGUGCGCGGCGGGGCGGCGGCGAGUGCGGGGCAGGGCGGGGCGGGGCGUGGCAGGGGGGGGGAAGGGGGGGGGCGGCGGCGAGUGCUGGGCGGUGGCGAGUGCGGGGCGGUGGCGAGUGCGGGGCGGCGGCGAGUGCGGGGCAGGGCAGCGGCGAGUGCAGGGUGGCAGAGGGUGUGGCAUUGGGUGGGGCCUGGCAGUGAGUGGGAGUGGCAGAAGUGGGGGUGGCAGUUAAUAGGUGCUGGGGCAGUAACUGAGGAAGGCGUGGUUGGUAGAGUCAGUGGGGCGAGGUGGCCCUGA